AAAAACGAGACAAGCUUCAGGAACUUGUUUGUUGUACUAAACUUGUGUUGGUGAAUUCACAGCUGACUUUUAGUCAAAGUGCGUCGUAGUAGUUGAUAAAUAGAAUACGAAAUAACGAAAUGAGCUUGACACCCAAGUCAUUCAAAGAAAAGCGAUCAUUUGCACAACGAGUAGCUGAUGUGGAAUUAAUUCGUGAACGUCAUCCAAAUAAAAUACCUAUUAUUGUUGAACGUUACUACGGUGAAAGACAAUUACCAUUAUUAGAUAAAUCUAAAUUUUUAGUGCCAGACCAUUUAACUGUGGCUGAAUUAAUUAAAAUUAUAAGACGAAGAUUACAAUUACAUCCAACACAGGCAUUUUUUGUGCUUGUCAAUCAAAGGAGUAUGGCUAGCGGAAGUCUGACAAUGGCACAACUGUAUCAACGAGAAAAAGAUGAAGAUGGAUUUUUGUAUAUGGUUUUUGCGAGCCAAGAAGUCUUUGGAUGUUAGUUUUUAAAAUUUAUCUAAUAAUAUUGAUCUAGAUGAUCAUGACAAUUUUACGUGAUAUUAUCGUUAAAAACCAAUAGAAAUUAACGGUUAGAAAAAAGAGGAAGGAAAAAUAAUAAACGAAGAUGUUUAAGCGUAAAAAAAUUAACUUUUUAAAUUAUUCGUGGUACAAAAUUGUUGUGGUGCUUUUUUUGAUGGCUAAUAAUAAUAAUGAAGGAUGAAUGGGUUCAAAAACGAGUGUAUGUUCAAUUGAUACAAAUAAAUCUAUAUCGUUGCAAUCAUCAUCAUAAGUAAUUAAUAUUAUAUUAUAUUAUAAUAUAAUAUAAUAACAACAUUAAAUUCAAAUAUUGAUCUUUAAAAGAAAUUACCUUCGUAAGUGUGUAAGGUAGUCUGAUACUAGGAUAAUAAUUAAAUAAAAUAAUUAAAAUCUUGAUUAAACAAUUAAGAAUUAGUGUGAUUCACAACUGAAACAAUUCUAUGCUUUCUUCACAAGAUAAUUUAUCACAAAUAUACUAUAUAAAUACAAUAAAUAUAUAUCUAUAUAUAUUGAUGAUUUAAAUUGAUCAAAAUAAUAUAAAAAAUAUUUACAAUAAAUAAUAAAUAAUAAAUGAAAACUCAUAAUAUAGAGUUUGAAAAUAACGAAAUCGUCCAGCAAUUAAAUCGAUUUCAUUUUUUUUAUAAUUUUUAAUAAAACAAAUCUAUUUAUCAAUACAUUUAAAUUAUACCGUUUAAAUGAAAAUUCAUUGAACAAUAAACAGAGGCUCUGAUUAUUUUUUUUGCCAAACUUUUCGA